AAGGUCAGUUGAAACAGGAAGUAUCCAGAAUUAUUUCAACCCAGCACAAGCUAAGUUGAAUUUAUGCGUGGCUCUUCUUAAUUGCAGACAUGUGGCAGGAGUUUCUGCAGACUGUCCGGUCUUUUGACACAUCUCAGCAAAAUGUGAUCACAGCAUCUUGUGUUGUAGGAGGUGGAAGCCUCCUGAUUUACUGGCUCCUGACGAGGCGCAGGAUGAAGACCCUAGAAAUAGGAGAUGGAUGGUGGGGGUUAGGUGAAAAACCAUCAAGAAGUCAAGAAAAUCAUAUGAUUAGACCAUUCCAAGUGAAAACGUCUGAGAAAGAAAUCCAGGAUUUGUACCGAAGGCUUGACCAGACUCGCUAUACACCACCACUAGAGGGAGCUGCCUUUCAUUAUGGUUUCAACUCAGACUAUUUGCAGAAAGUGGUCUCCUAUUGGAGAAAUCAGUUUGACUGGCAGAAACAAGUUAAAAUCCUUAACCAGUACCCACAUUAUAAAACUACUAUUGAAGGGAUAGAAGUUCAUUUCAUUCGUGUGAAACCAUCUCAUAUCUUAGAAGACCAAAUUGUCAGACCUUUGCUGAUGGUGCAUGGCUGGCCUGGCUCCUUUUAUGAAUUUUACAAGAUCAUUCCUUUGCUUAUUAAUCCACCCGGUCGUGUUUCAAACAGUGAAGAUGUAGUCUUUGAGAUCAUUUGUCCUUCCAUCCCGGGCUAUGGCUUUUCUGAGCCUCCCCACCAUCAGGGUUUUAACUCAUUAGCUGCUGCUCGGAUUUUUCACACACUGAUGCAGAGAUUGGGUUUUGAGGAAUAUUACUUGCAAGGUGGAGAUUGGGGCUCCCAAAUCACCAUGAACAUGGCACAGAUGCUGCCAAAAUCUGUAAAAGGACUUCAUCUCAAUAUGGUCUCUAUAUCGAAAUAUGGUUUGGGAGCCAUGGUAGGCUUACUAUUGGGAGCCUAUGUACCAUGGCUGGUGGGCCUAACCAGAGAAGACGCACGGCGCAUGUUCCCUUUUUUUAAGCAUAUGUAUCAUCUAUUGCGUGAAUCUGGGUAUAUGCAUAUCCAGGCCACCAAACCAGAUACAGCAGGGUGUGGCCUGAAUGACUCCCCUGUAGGACUUGCUGCAUACAUCCUAGAGAAAUUUUCCACAUGGACAGAUAAAUCAUUCCUCAACAUGGAAGAUGGGAAUUUGGAAAGAAAAUACACUCUGGAUGAACUUCUGACAAAUAUCAUGAUUUAUUGGACGACUUCCUCCAUUGUGCCUUCAAUGCGUUUUUAUAAAGAGAAUUUCUCCAGGGAUCCAAACACUGCUCCUGAUGCCAAGGUUGCCGUUUAUGUUCCAACUGGCAUUGCUGCCUUCCCAAAUGAACUUCUUCAUUGCCCACGCUCCUGGGCAAAGAAGAAAUUUAAGAACAUUGUCACUUAUACCUACAUGCCCCGGGGAGGGCACUUUGCUGCCUUUGAGGAACCAGAGCUCUUGGCUCAAGACAUCAGACAAUUUGUGAAGAAGGUGGAACAUCUGAAUUAAACUACCGGUAUGUAGCGUUUUUCAGAAAAUGCUUUAUCAACCAAACAUUGCAAGUUUCUGAGCAGCUUGAAUUACUUACAGCAAAAUAUGGUUACUGUUUAAGUAUGAAAGAGUUAGAUUUUCUUCUUCUGUGUGAAGCAGUUACAGUCAUAUAAGAUUAAAAAAAGGACAAUACCGACAUUAAAGCAAGGUUUCUACAAAGUA